CUCAUAUCGCGCCACAUCACAGCGAUAACCUUCCGAUACUCACGAUAGAACCUGGAGACCGCUGAAAAACGGUCUAUUCUGGAUACAGUGACGACGGAGCCGCUUACACGGUCGAUGUCGCGCACGCCUCGUUGCAUACAUCGCCUGCUGACGGAUGAAGACACCGCCGACCGCUGAUGAACUCGCUCUGGAACUUCCUUGAUUGGAUUCUGCCCUCAGUACGAUUAUCUGACGAUCUGGAGGACCCUUACUACGCCUUAACGGACGACGGUUUCUCCGUGGCGACCAGGCCGCGCAGCCACUACGCCAGCUACGACCCCCGCCGCGACUGGACCAGGGACAGUCUAAGGGACCGCGACCAGCGCCAGCGCGCCGCCGUGCAGGAGCGAGAGCACGAUCGACAGCGCAUACAGGCCCUUGAGCGCGAGAACGCCGCCCUCCACCAGCGACUCGCCACGCUCGAACAUGACCUGCAGUCGGCGCGGCAGUCGGUAGCCACAUUCUCUCUUCUCUCCUCUCCCAUGCCACCAACACCCGCCUCGGCGAACACACCACAAAUAUACAAGCCCACGCCCGAUUCGAUCAACGAGUCGCUGAUGAGUUCGUACAUGCUCGCGAAGCGUGCACUUCAUGAACGCAACGAGGAGGUCGCGAGCCUCAAGUCGUUCCUGAGCAAGACAGAUGAAUGGUCGGGCGCACAGCUCAUACAGGCGCUGCGGGAUCUCAAUUCGGAGAUCAUGCAGCUCGCCGCCUCCGUCGCGGAGGAGUUCUCGCCGUCGCUGGACCGCCGCGUCGACCUGUCGCGCCAGUCUGACCGCGAGCUCGUCAACAGUGCGCUCGGUCCCAUCAUGACGAAUCUGCUUGCCACUCGCGACCACGUGGGCGACCCUACGCUCGUGCAGUUUGCGAUCCAGGCGUGGGAGGUGUGCUGCGUCGGCCGGGUGCUCGACGCGUUCUGCUUUGGCCUGCCGGCAGAGAUCGACCAAUUCCUGUCGAGUGUGUUCGAGCGCAUGCACCGCAUCGAGCCCCAGCCGACAACCUCGCGAUGGCGUGCGCUCACGUACAUGCACGCCCGCGCGCUGCUCCCGCCCUCGCCACACGCACCGGGCACGCCACCGUCCCCCUUCCAGGCGCUCAACGAGACAAACCUUCGCGGGCUGCUCGCGAUCCUCGCGCUGUCCGGCUGCACGGACUCGCGCGGUGUGCGCCGCGAUCCGUUGCGCACACGCUUCGGAGCGUCCAUUGCGCGGAUCAGCGAGCGCACGGAGCGCAUCGCGAGUGUGGUCAAGGAGGGCACGAUGAGCGGCGUCUUCGAGAUCACCUGGGUCGGGUCGAAGGGCGCCGGCGCUGAUGGUGCGCGCAGAGAUAAGGUGGAGCGGUGGUUCGACUGGGCGACGAUGGAGAACGUGUACGCCGGGCAUGGAUCGGACCGCAGCAAGGUCCUGUGCACUGUCGAGUUUGGGCUUGCGUGCGUGCGACGCGAGGGCUGGACGAGUACGGAGGACGAUUCUGUCGAGGACGACGGGCGCAUGGAUAGCACGCCGAGGGUGAAUGGCCAUACGACACCUGUGACGAACGGCAAUGGGCGCGCUGCGGCGAAUGGCGUCAAACCGGAGGGCGUGUUGACGCGCAGUCUACUCAUGAAACCGAAAGUGCUUUUGGAGUCGGUCGCGGAUUUAGUGUGAGGUCUGAUGAGCAGUCACACUAGUAGAUAUCAUGCAACCCUUUCAUAUUUGCAUACUGUUUGCUAGAAUCUACUGUGACCAUGCUUUCACGACGUUUGGUGCCCAUUUGCUUGGACAUUCCUAAAAUAUUCUGUGACAGUUCUCUGUCCUGGAAUACAUGUCUUGGAGACACGGUUGUGUCUGGUUCGUCGUUAUUAUCAUUAUAGGUGUACUAAUGUGUA